AUGGAAGUUGCUGUGUAUAAGAGAACACCUGAAGAAGUGUUCAAAACUUUUGACAGUCACAUGCUGCGUGAGCAUCCUCAGAACCAUCUCACCAUGAUUGAAAUCCUCUUCAAUGUUAAUUUGCCUGACAAAGAAAAAUACAGCCAGGAAUGUAUUAAAUGGUUGAACAAUGGAAAUCUGAAUUCCUACAUUACAGAAUUCCGCAUCGCAAAGGGAAGUGAUGGUACCGAAGUCUUCUUGGGUCUGAGAGAUGAUGGCACUGAAGUUGCUAUUAAGAGAAUGUCUAAAUGCAACUAUCAAGUGUUGAAGAAUGAGGAAGGAAUUCUGCGACUACCAGAGCUAGAUCAUCCAUCUAUUGUACGAUACAUUGAUGCUGCGGAGGAUGACAACUUUGGAUAUCUUGGUCUUCAACUUUGUGAAUACACUGUGGAAGACUAUAUCAGAAAUAAUGAUAGCAGUCUGCUGAUAAAGAAACUGGUCUAUGAGGUCAUCAACAGUUUAAGAGUUCUUCAUUGUAAAAAUCCUCCAAUUCUCCACCGGGAUCUCAAACCACAGAAUGUUUUGAUUGAUGUUAAUGGGAGGGCAAGACUAGCUGACUUCGGCAUAAGCAGACGGUUACCUAAAGGACAAACAACUUUGCGUACAGGCAGCGCAGGAACAAAAUGCUGGAUGGCCAAGGAGACUUUAGCAGAAGAAGGUGACAUACCAUACAAAUCAAACACAGACGUACAGGUGGCAGGGAUGCUGAUUUAUUAUAUCCUCUCUGGAGGACAUCAUCCAUUCGGCGACCUAUCCUUUGAGUGUGAGUUUAACAUUUACCAUGGGAAGUACAAUCUGGACCAUGUUCAAGAUGUGGUGGCAAAGGAUCUCAUCGAAUGGAUGAUCAAUGAAGAACCAAAGAAGAGACCUAAAGUGGAGGAAUGCCUGAGUCAUCCUUUCUUCUGGACCAAUGUCAUGAGAGUAGAAUACCUAAGAAGGAUUGGUAACAAAGAGGAGGCAGCAAACUGUCGAAAGGCUGACCAGGAAAUGGUUUGUCGCCUGGAAGAAUGUGCUGGAGAUGGAUCCUUCAAACUGUGGAAAAAUAAGUUUCCACCAGAGUUGGUCCAGAAGAUGGAUGCCAAGAACAAAACCUACCCUGAAAACACGUUGGGAUUACUGCGCUUCAUACGAAAUCUACAUGAGCAUUAUGCCAAAGAUGCAGCCACACUUGACCUGAUGGAGAUGUUUCCUGAUCUCUUUGGAUGCGUUUACAAGUUUGCAAAGAGCCAAAGUUGGAAUUCAGAGACCCCUCUGAAGGAGAUGUUUCGAAGAGAAGACAUCUCUACCAGAUUUGAAAGACUGUCUGUAAACCAUGAGGAGCAUGUUAGUUUCCCAGUUCAGGAGUCUCAGGCCAGUGACUUGAAGUAA